CCCAUUCAUUCCGCCCCGUCACGCCCGCUUCCGCUUCCGCCAGCCUCACCGGCGGCGAUAGAGAUCCCUCCGCGGACGACGUUCAAGUGCCCAUCUCCCAGGACCCCAAAAAAUCCGCCUCCAUCCCCGUUACAAGCCCAUCCUCCAUCUCCUCAUUCCGCUCACUCUUCAAUCUCGAAAAUAACUACGCGUUCUACGGUUCUUACCACGACGACCCGGUAAACAAGGCCAUACACAUGGUCUUCGUGUGGCCCAUCCUCUUCUCCGCGCUCGUCCUCCUCCAAUACACGCCGCCUUUGAUCUCCCUCAGCCACCCAGUCCUCGCCGCCUUAGCUAAGCUCGUUCCGCAGGUGCCCGUUCCGCUUCCCCUCGCGCUUCCGGGCAGCGGGCUGGUGUUUAACUGCGCGGCGCUGGCGUCCGUGGUGUACGCGGCGUUUUACAUCGCCAUGGAGCGGCGCGCGGGGUCGCUCGCGGCGCUGAUGGUGGGAGGGUGUUUCGUGGGGUCGCGCGCCUUCAUCAGAGCCGUUGGCGCCGGGCGCGCGUGGAAGCUGGCGGUCAUCGCCCAGGUGGUGUCGUGGGGCGUGCAGUUUGUGGGCCAUGGCGUCUUCGAGAGGAGAGCGCCUGCACUAGUGGACAAUCUGGCACAGGCAUUGCUCAUGGCGCCACUCUUCGUACUCCUUGAGACUCUGGAACGGUUCGGGUUUGAGCCGUACCCUGGAUUCCGCCAGCGCGUAAGGGCCAUGGUAGCUUACCAAAUUGCGGAGCAUCAACGGACUGCGGAAGCUAUUGAGAAGAUUCUUACACAUAACACGAAAGGCAUCAAGUUCCAGAUUCUGUCGAAUCCCGAAUUUCUAGCGGAAGGCACUGCCAUAGCAGACCUCGACAAGCCCGAUCGUGUUCUUAUCGGUGGUCGCACUUCUGAGGAAGGCCAGGCUGCAGCAGCUGCUCUUGCUGCAGUCUAUGCUCACUGGGUGCCUCGAGAAAACAUCAUUGUGACCAACCUCUGGUCCGCUGAGCUGACCAAGCUGGCAGCGAAUGCGUUUCUUGCUCAGCGCAUUUCAUCAAUCAACGCCAUCUCUGCCCUGUGCGAGGCCACGGGGGCCAACGUCUCAGAAGUAGCAUACGCCAUUGGAAAAGAUACCCGCAUUGGCUCCAGAUUUUUGCAAGCCUCAGUUGGUUUUGGUGGCUCCUGCUUCCAGAAGGACAUUCUGAAUCUUGUCUACAUCUGUGAGUGCAAUGGAUUGAUGGAGGCUGCUCAUUAUUGGAAAUCGGUGAUUGAUAUCAACGAGUACCAAAAGUCAAGGUUCAUCAGCAGAAUCGUGUCAUCCAUGUUCAACACCGUCGUCAACAAGAAGAUUGCCAUUCUCGGGUUUGCCUUCAAGAAGGACACAGGAGACACCAGGGAGAGCCCUGCCAUCGAUGUAUGCCAUGGGCUUCUCAGGGAUCAGGCUGACGUCAGCAUCUACGACCCACAAGUGACUGAGGAACAGAUCAGGCGUGACCUGUCCAUGAACAAGUUUGACUGGGACCAUCCAUACCACCUGCAGCCAGUCAGCCCAAGAGUCCACCAGAAGGUUUCGGUGUCGUGGGAUGCAUAUGGAGCGUGCAAGGGUGCUCAUGGAAUCUGCAUUCUCACAGAGUGGGACGAGUUCAAGACUCUGGACUAUCAGAAAAUCUACGAGCACAUGGAGAAGCCAGCCUUUGUGUUUGAUGGCCGCAACAUUGUGGAUGUGGCAAAGCUGAGGGAGAUUGGCUUCAUCGUGUUUGCUAUUGGACACGCACUAGACCCCUGGGUGAAGGAUCUUCCUUCCAUGCACUAG